AGGGGAAGGUAUUGUCCCGCCUCAGCGUUAUGAGGACAGGCAGAGGAGGCGCUUCCUAGACAUGGCAGCCUAAACUAAGCAGCGCCGCCCGUGCAGCGAGGCCCCAGCGCCAUGUGAAGCGGGCUCGGGGGCCAUAAGUGACCAGGAUGCCAGCACUACUCGGGCUUUUCAGUGUGUGCCUCCUGGUGAUCACGGGAAGUUUGUACCACCCCCGCCUCCUGAGUGAUGAAGUUGAGAAUGAAGAGGUUCAGUCAAGGAUAAAGGAGCAGGAGAGCAAGUAUAAGCUGGAAAUGGAGCGGCUCCAGAAAGAAGUGGAUGAGAAGAAUGAUCCUGAACAGGAAAUGAAGGUCAGUACACUCGUAAAAGCAGAAAACUCAACACCGAUUGAUUGGAAUACCUGGAAUAUUCUCUUGAUGGUCACAAUUCUGUUCUUGGAACUGUGGAGACAGGACACGUGGCCACAUACACCACAGGACUACAACAGUGAAGAGGAGGAGGAAGGAGAGAAGGAAAAUGAAUUUCCUCAAAGAAUAUACAGCAACAUUUUGAAUAUUCCUGACAAAUGUGUUCUGGACCAGUUUUACAAUGUAUGUAUUCAGAACGUGAGCCAAGAGCCAAUGCAGACGUGUGAAUUUGUCGAGAGCUUUGUCGACAACCUGUUGGAAGCCUGCAGGAAUAUUUGCCAAUGGGAUUCUGAGCUGAUCCUUGAAGAUUGUGUUGGCAUCGGUAGUCAGUUUGAGAAAUGGGGCUGCAAGACACCAUCUGUGUAUGAUAUUUUGGUUCCAAUCUUUCUUCAGGAUGGGUAUUGCUUUAAACCAGAGAUCUGCUGCUGUGACCUCCCACCUGAUAAGCAAAGUUAUGGCCGGAUUGUUAUGGUAACACCUGGCAGCGCUGACUUGGGCUGCCUGUGUAAGAGUACUGAACUUGAAGGUGAUGUUCUUUGUCUUAUUCACAGUAAAAGGUUUGAAGCUGAUGAUCGUGCAAAUUGCCUGGCUUCUAUUGUGUGUUCCGAGUGGUAUUUGGACUACAAGAAAGUACUAAAAUGGUUCAGGGUCGCACUAGCAAAAUCCUGGAACAAUGUUUGUCAUAAGUAUGACUUUGAUCUUUCCUUCCACAAUAUUACUGGUUGCUGUGGUUUAAAAGUCCAGUAUCAAUCGGGACGAAACAUCUACAUUAAAGCCUUCCCUGCUGUGAGGCUGAAGGAUUCAGAUGUCUAUCUCGUAUCGAGCUUUCCUGAUUACACCAAGAAUACAGUGCCAUCCACUACCUACUGGCACAUAUCCUGUGCUGUCUGCGAGUACAGGUUUCUGAAAAUCAUGGCAAAAAGCGUUCCCAAAAACAGUUGUCACCUCAAGUGCCUUCAAAUAUUGAUCUUUCUAACUGAAAAGCUGCGCAGCACUCCAGAUCAGCGAAACAUUCUUGGGUCCUACUUUUUUAAGACUGUCCUUAUGCAUCUGUUGUUAAGUCAGCCAUAUUCAAACUGGCAUGAGUGUCACCUGGAAUAUCGGCUCAGAGACAUUUUGAAGUAUCUCGGAAAAUGCUUGGAUGAGAAACGGCUCUCCCGAUUUAUGAUCGGAAAUCAAACAUUUCCUAAACAAAUGGGAAUUCCAGAAAUGCUUCUGUAUGCAGAGCCUAUAAACCUCUUCCGGUCCUUUGUAACAGAGCGUGACACUUACGGUCAAGCAUUAAUGGAAUAUCAGAAAAUAUUAAGGGACAUGGGUCCAUUAAUGAUGGAAUGCAUUAAAGAUAAUACAGUCAGCUGACUGAAAACAGAGCCUUUGCUCCUAGGUUGGGAGC